AUGCGCGCACCGCCGCGCGAGGCCCCGCCCAGAGCAUCCCGCGCCGCCGGCGGCCGCGCCGCAGACGGGCGUCAUGGCUGCUUCGAGACAGCCCCAGGUCGGGGAGCUGCUGGCCGAGGCCCGGCGGGCCUUCCGGGAGGAGUUCGGGGAGGAGCCGGAGCUGGCCGUGUCGGCGCCGGGCCGCGUCAAUCUCAUCGGGGAGCACACGGACUACAACCAGGGCCUGGUGCUGCCCAUGGCGCUGGAGCUGGUCACGGUGCUGGUGGGCAGUCCCCGGGAGGACGGGCUGGUCUCCCUCCUGACCACCUCUGAGGACGCCGACGAGCCCCAGCGACUACAGUUCCCCCUGCCCACAGCCCAGCGCUCCCUGGAGCCUGGGACUCCCCGCUGGGCCAACUAUGUCAAGGGGGUGAUUCAGCACUACCCAGCCGCGCCCCUCCCAGGCUUCAGUGCGGUGGUGGUCAGCUCCGUGCCCCUGGGCGGUGGGCUGUCCAGCUCGGCAUCCCUGGAAGUGGCCACGUACACCUUCCUCCAGCAGCUCUGCCCAGACUCGGAGGCAGUGGCUGCCCGGGCCCAGGUGUGUCAGCGGGCGGAGCACAGCUUCGCGGGGGUGCCCUGCGGGGUCAUGGACCAGCUCAUCGCACUGCUGGGGCAGAAGGGCCAUGCGCUGCUCAUUGACUGCAGGUCCCUGGAGACAAGCCUGGUGCCGCUGUCCGACCCCAAGCUGGCUGUGCUCAUCACCAAUUCCAACGUCCGCCACGCCCUGGGCUCUAGCGAGUACCCUCUGCGGCGGCGCCAGUGUGAAGAGGUGGCCCGGGCGCUCGGCAAGGAGAGCCUUCGGGAGGUGCAGCUGGAGGAGCUGGAGGCCGGCAGAGAGCUGGUGAGCAAGGAGGGCUUCCGGCGAGCGCGGCACGUUGUGGGCGAGAUCCGGCGCACGGCGCAGGCAGCGGCUGCCCUGAGCCGCGGGGACUACAGAGCCUUCGGCCGCCUCAUGGUGGAGAGUCACCACUCGCUCAGGGAUGACUACGAGGUGAGCUGCCCGGAGCUGGACCAGCUGGUGGAGGCCGCGCUCUCCGUGCCUGGGGUUUAUGGCAGUCGCAUGACCGGCGGCGGCUUCGGCGGCUGCACGGUGACACUGCUGGAGGCCUCCGCUGCAUCCCGCGCCAUGCAGCAAAUACAGGAGCAGUACAGCGGCACUGCAACCUUCUACCUCUCCCAAGCAGCAGACGGGGCCAAGGUGCUGCACCUGUGAGGCACCCAGCACUGCCCCCGGUGGGCACAGGCGGCAGGUGGCGGGUCACGUGGCUCUGCCUCUGGCACCUGCUCUCCACAUCAGGGUGCUCAAUAAAACUGUGCCUCCCCCCA